ACUGAUGAAGAACCCAGAAGCUGCACAGAGCCUUCGGCUGAUCGGCCUGCUGGAGGCCGCUCUGCUUCGAGAGGCUCGUCUCUGGAAAAUUCCUGUCUUCAAAAAUGGCCACGUUCAGGGCACUGACAUCUCUUCCGGCCAACACCAACAAGUGGUUCUCUGGCUUGGAGAAAUGAGCAGGACGUUUCAGUUUUGUCCAGAGACCUAUGCACUGGGAGUGUGUGUCCUCAACAGGCUGCUGUCCACUGUCAAGGCACAAAAAAAAUACCUGCAAUGCAUUGCUUUUACGUCACUGGUCCUGGCGGCCAAAGUCAAUGAGGAAGAUGAGGUUCUAGGUUCUGUGAAAGACCUGGUUGUUGGGAGUGGAUGCAACUUUUCGACAGCGGAGAUUCUUCGCAUGGAGAGGAUCAUUCUGGACAAGCUGCACUGGGACUUGUACACAGCAACACCAGUCGACUUCAUUCACAUUUUCCACGCCCUGCUCGUCUCUGGCCACCCCCACCUCGAUCCGUCCAUCAGUUUUUGCUCCAGUGUCGACUCGGCGACGGCCCCCUGCGCGCUCCCUGCUGAUCCCAGGCGUCAGAAGAGGCCCGCGGGCUUCCAGGUGUCGCUGUGGACCAGGCAGGUGCAGCACUGUAUGGCCUGCCACCAGCUCUGGCAGUUCAAAGGCUCCACGUUGGCCUUGGCCAUCAUCACUUUGGAGCUGGAGGCGCUCACGCCCGACUGGUUCGCCGUCGUCACCGACCUACUGAAGAAAGCACAUGUGGAUAGUGCCGAGUUCAUCCACUGUAAAGAGAUCGUGGACGAGUACCUGCACAGCCUGGAGUUUGCUCUGCCGACCAACUCCGUCUACAUCCUCGACGGCUCUCGGAUUCAGGAGCAGCAAACCUGGAGCCCCUCGCUGCGCCACAGAAUGGCCAGAAGAGGGCGUGGCGAGCAAGGAGACUCGGACGACUACUACGACGGUUUCAGACGCCUGUACAGCGACGAGACGAGCCCAGAGCAGAAGGUUGAGCGUUUUUUCGAUUCGGAGCGGAAAGGCGUCUCCCCGUGCCCACCCCUGCACCCUGCUGUCAACUAGCACCACG